AUGCCUUGUUUUCAGGUGGUUAUAGUACUGACAACGUUAGCUUCACUGAAAAUACUCUUUGUGGAAACGAAAGAUGAUUUGAAAACGGGCUAUUCGUCCUCCAGUGCUCGCGCUUUCGAAGAGCUGGAAAUUUUCCGAAAGUUCAGUGAUGGCAAGGACCCGGUUGUGGUCGUUGUCUUCGUGAUGGCAAAGGACGGUGGCUCAAUGGCACGGAUUGACCAUUUAAAUGAGACUGUGAAUAUUAUCGACUAUGUGGGCACUCAUUUUCCUGUGAAAAAUCAAACCUACUACCGCAUGUGCAAAAAUUUUUGUGAUGCCAAUGAGCCGAUUCGACAAUUUAGGAAUGGGCUCCUUUUGCACAGUACAAGACACGCUGAAGUUGGCGGCACCGGAGGCGGAAAUACUAGCGACGCCGGUUUAAUCAAUAUAUCAUUUCCAAUCAUGAAAUUUCUUGGCCGUGAUCUUGACUUGUCACCAUACUUUUUUGGUGUUGAUGUAGAUUCAACAAAAUAUCUCAGUGAAACUCUGGGUACAAAUAUUAAAUACGUGAAAUUAGUGGCGCUGCACUUCCGAACCCAACGACCGAGUGAGUGGAGCACCGAUGAUGCACUUCGCUGGGAAAGACUAGUUGGCAGUUACUUUCGAAGUGAAUACAACAGCUCACUAAUUCGGCCAAUCGUAUUUUCAAUAGCGCUUACUCAGGAUGAAGUAGUUCGAGCCGGAUUCGCGUUCAUGCCUUACAUAUCAGUUGGAUUCAUGAUAAUGUUUGCAUUUGCUGUUACAACAGUUAGCGCUGGUUCAGCCUACAUGAAACAAUUCUCGAUACAGAAAAUAAUUUACGCAUUUAUUGGCUGCAUCACACCACUGAUGGCCACAUCAACAGCUCUUGGCUUAUUAUUUUUAUUCGGAAUGCGGCCAGGCUCAAUACUCUGCGUCACACCUUUUCUUGUUCUUGCCAUAGGUGUCGAUGAUGCGUUUCUGAUGAUAAAUGCUUGGAACAGGACGGAAGCUGAAAUGCGCAGCAAAACAGUUGUAUACCCAGCAGUUCGAGACCGGAUGGUGGCAGUGAGCCCUUUCAUGCCAAUUAUAAAAAAAGAAUGGCAAUUUCGUUAA